UCCUCGCCUUUACAGUGUUUAACACAUUCUUCAACUCUUUUUUAAAAUCAAGAAUGCCCCCAAGACCUCCUCCUACUCUCCUGCACUUUUUAAUGUUUCUGCUCUGACACUUUGUUUACGGUGACGUCAUCACUACGAGCCGGAAGCGACAUGCCCCCUGGUGUGCAUGCACCUUGCUUAUUUCCAGGCGAAGUAACAGUAACAAGAGUUGGAAGGGACUUUGGAGGUCAUCUAGUCCAACCCCCCUGCUCACGCAGGAGAUCUAUACUAGGGAUUCGAACCGCCGACCUUUCUGAUCGAUAAGUUCAGCGUCUUAGCCACUGAGCCACCUAGGGAGCCUCGAAGCGGGUUCGCCGCGAUGAUCCGCCUGUUGGCUCCAUUGUCGAGCCGGAGAGCUGCUUCGCGGCUUAUUUUUACAUUGUCAAAAGAACAAAGUUUGGUUGGCAAGGUAGAUGGUCCAGCUGCUGUGGUGGAUGAAUCUUCAUUGCAAAAAACAUCUCCUGAAGUAGUCUCCAGUAACCCAAUUCUACGGAAAUGCAGUCUCCCCUUCCCCAAACACCUUAAGCCAGUCCAAGCUUGGAUCGAAUCAUUGCAACAUUACAAUGCUAGGCAUCUGGGCUUGGCAGACCUGCAUCCAGAUGUAUUUGCAGUGAUGCCUCGCCUUGAUAUCCUACAUUCAGUGGCCAUGUGGCAGAAGAAUUUCAAAAGAAUUAGUUAUGCCAGGGCCAAGACACGUGCUGAGAUGCGUGGUGGUGGUAGGAAACCCUGGAGGCAGAAGGGCACGGGUAGGGCACGGCAUGGCAGCAUCCGAUCACCUAUAUGGCACGGAGGCGGUGUGGCUUUUGGCCCUCGUGGCCCCACCAGCUAUUACUAUAUGCUUCCCAUGAAACAGCGUGUCCUUGGCCUCAAGGUGGCGCUGACAAGCAAGCAGAUUCAGGGUGAUCUCCGUAUUGUGGACUCUCUAGAGAUGCCGACCUUUGAUCCUCAGUAUUUGGCAGACUUGGCUCGCUACAGGCAUUGGGGAAGAUCAGUGUUGUUCGUGGAUGUAGAUGAAAUACCUGAAAACAUCCAGGCUGCAACAGGCGAUCUUAAAACUUUCACAGUGAUUCCAGCAAUAGGUCUUAAUGUGCACAGCAUGCUGAAGCAUGAAACCCUGGUGCUUACCUUGGACACCAUCUCCUUCUUGGAAAAGAAACUGCUAUGGCAUGACUCACGAUACAGUCCGCUGUAUCCCUUCCAGUUGCCCUACAGUGAUUUCCCCUAGCUCAUUUGUCAAAGACUGACCAUUUUGUGGGUAUGCUUGUGUAUGUUUUUUUAAUAUGUACAUUAAAACUAAACAUUCUGCCUGAGUUGUCAUCUGUCCUUGAGUAUGGGCAGCCUUGAAAUAAAAACUUCCAGUUUAAAAAGGA